AUGACCAACCGGAACAAAAAUUGACCAAGUUAACCCAUUUGAGGUGUCUAGACAAACAGGCAAUUGUGCCACACAAAGCGCUUCAGAAGUGAACUGCCUCGUACUCAUUUGUCAUCAUACGCUCAGAACACCUCCGGCAAAUUGAUUUUCCGGCAAUCUCUCUCUUCUCUUCCGACUGACGAAAUCCUUUUGUUUUGGCUGUGCUAUGUUAGGUGUUAAAACUCUUUCAGACAUCAGAAUACUUGCAAUCCCAACUCCAAGACGAUGCAUGACACACCAAAUCCGGCCAUAUCAUGUAACCCCUCGAAAGCAAUUUCAGAACCUUAGGAAACUUGUGGUUUGUGCUAAAGAGCAGAAGAAUGGAGAUGAAAAUGAGAUAAGCAAAGAGCCAAAACCCAACAAUGAAAAUGGUACUGAGGCCAGUGACGAUCAGCAGACACCAUUAUUCAAACUGAGAUGGACUGAUUUGCUGCUUGAUCCAGAUCCAGACAAUGUAUUGGCUGUGGGCCUGACAGGUCUGCUUACAUGGGCGAGUGUCCAGGUGGUGUGGCAGCUGUUAACUGUCUCAUUGGCUAUCGUAAUUGCUGCGCUUAAGUACUCUUUCGUUGCUGCUCUUCUUAUUUUCAUUCUCGUUGCCCUUCUUUAACUGCAUCAAUUGUUAAGAUUCCUUAGCUUGUGAAAUGUACAGUAGUUUUAAGUCUUGUAAACGUUAUUGAAUUGUAAAUGUGAUUCAUAUAUAUGGUAUUAUUGGAGAAAAUUUUAUCAAAAGUUAUUGUUGAGGCACUAUAAAGAGGU